AUGUUGUUUGUUAUUAUUGCAUUAAGUUUAACAUGUGUUGCAAUAAGUUUUUUUGUUCAAAAUUAUCGUUUGUUUUUUGCCUUUCUAACGAUGAAACCGUUACUUGAACCACUAAGCCUACCAUUUAUCGGCAUUUUUCUUUUUUUAUACCGAUAUAAUUCCAUGGAUAGUUUAAAAGUUUGGACUAAGUUCACUGAAACUUAUUCAUCUCCAUUUCGAAUAUGCCUAGGCCCAUAUUUAUUCAUCGUAGUGCAUGAACUAGACCAAAUAAAGGCUGUUUUAAAAAACCGCCAUAGUUUGGAUAAAAGUAUUGUAUAUAACUGUCUAAAACCAGUAUUUGACUUGGGAUUACUGACAGCUUCUGAAUCUACAUGGACUGAAAGUCGAAAAAUAAUAGCUCCAGCAUUUGGUAUGAUGCCGAUGAAAGAAUAUUUUAACAUAUUCGUUCAAGAAUCUUUAAUACUUACUGAAGAUUUAGAAAAAAUUGCACAAAGUGAAAACGAAAUUGAAUGUCUUGACCAUCUUUGCAGAUGUACCUUAAAAAUUGCAUGUGAUACCAUGAUGGGUGUCAAGAUGGAAAGGAAUUUAAUAGAUGAAUGGUGGAAAAUAAGUGCAAG